AAGUUCUUCCCUUCCCUCCCUCUCUGGCGUUGAAUUGUUCGAAAGCUGUGGACUUGGAAUCGCGGCAAGUUCUGGAGAAACAAAUAUCAAGAAACGAUGGAAUUUUCACGGCAACCUCGAUACGUAAUCCGCAAAGAUGAAAAUAGUAAACCUAAAGAAUUAAUGUCAAGACGCGAGGCUAUGGCGGAACAGUAUCGUAUUAUCAAGAAUUGGAAACCACUGAGCGAUGUAUGGCCAUUGAGACUCGGACGCAGUAUCCUGGUCGCCGCGGCGACGGCCACCGGUAUGUACAUUAACCAUCGAUUUAGGGUGAGAAUGAAGCUCCGGAGUUACGGGGUAUUCCCCACGAUGAUAGGUCUCUCAGUGGCACCAGCUGCAUUUACAGCUAUUUCCCAUACAGAGUUCAUCCUAAACAAACUGGUACUAUUAGAGAUAUCAUGCCCCUUAUGUCUAGAAUCCAGGUCUGCCUUGGCCCAGACUUGUAGCGGGCUGUUUGCACCAUUGAUACUAGCGCCACUUGCAAAUUUCUCAGUUUCUGCUGGCAGUGGCAUGUAUAAUGUGCCCUAUGUAAAAGAUAUAAGAGCAAUAUUUAGAACUAUCCUGUCAAUCUAUCACCCGAUGAUUCCAAAAAUUGCAAUGCUCUUCACCUUUCAUGCGCUGUUGGCUAGUUUUAUAACAUAUUCAGAAAUCAAAUCUUUUCUUCGCAUGUCAGAUUUACAAUAUUUAAAAGAAGAAGAAAAGAAAGAAAGGUUUAAAAAUGAUAUUUUUUGAAUUUCCUGUGUAUAAUAAUUGUAUAUAAUUAUAGUGAAAUAUAUAAAAUGAAAGAGUCA